ACCUUCCAGCACGAUUAAAUCUCGUCCCAUUGAAACCGUCACAAUGCCGCAGGAUAUGCCCCCGACUGGGGGCUAUCAGCCUGUCCAGUAUAAGCGUAACUUGCCUGCCCGCGGCUUCAGACCAUGGACUUACCUCGUCGGGAUGCAUUUAAUCAUGGCCUACGGCUUUUAUAAAUACUAUUACGGUGUUCGUGAACAGAAUGAACUCGCGCGUGAAAAAAUGUGGUCUCGUAUCCACCUCAUUCCCCUCCUUCAAGCCGAGGAAGACCGCGACCAAGUCCGCCGCCAAUUUGCCGACAAGGCUCGCGAGAAGGAGCUUUUGGGCACUGAGUCUAAGGUGUACAACUCCGACCGAUUCGUGCGUCCUACUUACACAUAUACCCCCGGCAAGCUCAGUCAAUGAAGAACUCGAUGAUGGAAGGGGUUUUUUCUGCUUUCGGGAUUCUUAUCGUCCGUUCGCACAGAGUUUUCGUGUGUGCAGUGAAAGGGUAAAGGAAGAAAAGAGCACUUAUUAGACGGCAAUAUAUUGUGGAGAUGCGAGCAUCGUCAACUGUAUCACUUAGUCGAAAAUUGUAAUGCCAAAUUAGAAUUUAUGGAAGGGUGGAGAGGGAUGCCUUCGGCUGGUGCUGUACAUAUACGCGACUCUUUUGACAGAUCAGGCAAUUGAUUUUCCAAAAAA